AUCCCAUGUUAGCUAAGCCCCAUUGCCCCCAUUGCUUGCAGAUCCCGCCGCUAAGCCCCGCCUCACAACGAACCUCUGCUUCGGGUGCCGAUCGGGAAACAGGGUGACACAGCUAUACUGCAGGUACCGUGAAUUAGACGGGAAUCAUCAAUUGGUGUGUUAGUAUACGCGAAUGAAGGCAAACAACAACCGACGAUGUUAUUGAAAAGAGAUGUUAUGUUAAGGAGAAUAUUCUAUAAUACUAACUGGAGUUAGAUAAUUACCCCCAACUAGAUAGUACGAGAGUCUAUGUCUGUGCUUUCCAAUAUGUCUCUUGAGCAACCAAACGGCGUGUCGCAAACAGCUUUCCCUCUAGAGGGGCUGAGCUGGGUUAUAACCAAGAAUGCCAGUAUAGUUAGCCAUUAUCUUGAGGCAAACCACCUUCCUCAGCCAUCUCGAGAGAGCGACGGGCCAAGUACUAUCCUCCCUAGUGGUUCGCCACAGAAAGUUCAACAAGCACGCCAAGAGAUUAUUGCAGCAGCUCUUGAGAUUCUGCAGCUUGCAAUUGGGCCCAGCGAGUUCUUGCCCAACCUCGCUACGGGUUUCCAAUACGUCUCCUGUCUCUCGUGGCUUUGCCAAUACAAGAUUUUCCACCUUGUGCCCCUAGACAGCACGAUUAGCUAUGCAGAACUUGCUACUGCAGCCAGCGUCCCUGAGCAGCGCCUCAAGAGCAUCAUCCGCAUGGUACUCACCAACUCACUAUUCCGUGAGCAGCCAAACGGAAAACACGUCGGCCACUCUGCGACGUCGGCGCUACUAGCACGUAACGAAGAUGUGUACGCCUAUGCUACCUACAUGUGCGCCAAGUCAGCACCGACCGCGAUUCACAUGGCAGAGGCGCAGAAGCGGUGGGGAGCCGACAGCACGCGCACGUAUGAGACGGCGUACAAUGUUGCCUUCGACACUGAUCUGCCAUUCUUCGAUCACCUUUCGCGGGACAAAGAAAAGAUGGGCGAGUUUGCGAGGUACAUGCGGAAUGUGAGGAGCAGCGAAGGCGUUGACUUCAAACAUCUUGUGGCUGGUUACCAAUGGAGUGAUAUCUGUGAUAAUGGGACAGUCGUCGAUGUCGGAGGAUCCACUGGCGGCGCUGCUAUAGAGCUUGCCAAGGCAUUUCCCAAUCUCAACUUUGUGGUAGAAGACCUGCCUGCAAACGUAGACAUUGGGCAAAAAGCGGCAGAGUCAUUGCCUGCUGAUGUUGCAUCUCGCCUUACCUUCCAAGCGCACGAUUUUAUGCAGCCGCAGCCAGUGCGUGGCGCAGAUGUAUAUCUCCUUAGAAUGAUCCUCCACGAUUGGCCUGACAAUGAAGCUGCCACUAUUAUCAGAAGCAUCGUCGCGGCUAUGGCCGACAGACCAAAUUCGAGGUUACUUAUCAUGGACACGGUGCUUCCAGCGCCAGGGUCGGUGCCAGUUUCUGUAGAGCGUAUCGUACGCGUCAGAGACCUGACCAUGAUGCAGGCUUUCAACAGUAAAGAGAGAGAUUUGGAGGAUUGGGAAAAUCUGCUUGCUGCUACCGAUCCAAAUCUGCAGCUGGUCAAUGUUGUCCAACCGUUUGGUAGUGCCAUGUCUGUUUUAGAGGUCGCUUGUAGCUCACACAAUAGCUGAAAUGGCCUCGGGUAUUUAAUAUAAAUAAGAUGUUGGCUGAGG